AUGCAGCGUUCAGUGGCCAAGAACAUACUCCAACGCCAUGUUCUCAGCUACCAAAAUCCGACCCGUCUGAUUAACAAAAUUCCUCAGCCACCAUGCGAUGUCUUCAUUAACCACAGGGGCGUUGAUACUAAGAAAACCAUAGCUUCCUUGCUAUAUGAUCAUCUUGUUCGGCUGAGACGUCGUCCAUUUUUGGACAACAAGACUAUGAAGCCGGGCGACAAGUUAUUCGAGAAAAUCGAUACUGCGAUAAAGGGGUGCAAGAUUGGAGUUGCAGUGUUUUCUCCUACAUAUUGUCAGUCGUAUUUCUGCUUGCAUGAGCUGGCCCUCAUCAUGGAGACUAAGAAAAAGGUGAUCCCUAUCUUCUGUGAUGUUAAGCCAUCACAGCUUCGUGUUGUGAACGAUGGAAGGGUUCCCCCGGAGCAGAUUGAGAGGUUUAACAUGGCCCUAGAGGAAGCCAAAUUCACCGUAGGCCUUGCAUUUGACUCCACCAAAGGGAACUGGUCCGAAGUGCUAACGGACGCAGCAGAGAUAGUAAUGGAGAGCUUGGCUGAGGUCGAGAAUGAAGAGAGAAUGAUGCACAUGAGAAUGCUAAAGUCCCCUUCCGAUGUGCCCAAGAUUUGCUCCACCAACACUGGCAACUGA